CUUUAAAUCAUCACUUCAUCUCUCUCUGAGACGUGAGCACACAAGACAGAGAGAGUUUUUUCUUUUCUUCAUCCGAGUUUCUUUCUAUUUCAGGUGAGAAACAAAAAAAGAUGGCGUUUGUGACAACAGCGGAAGUGUGUGACGCAAAUCAAGAUCUGAUCCGUAGUGGCCAGCUCCGUGCUCUGCAACCCGCUUUCCAGAUUUACGGUCGUCGUCAAAUAUUCUCGGGUCCUGUAGUUACUGUCAAAGUGUUUGAAGAUAAUGGUUUGAUCCGUCAGUUUCUCGAAGAGAAAGGCAAUGGAAGAGUUCUUGUGGUGGAUGGUGGAGGAAGCUUACGCUGUGCAAUACUAGGAGGAAACCCAGUAGUACAAGCGCAGAACAACGGAUGGGCAGGGAUCAUAGUGAACGGUUGCAUAAGAGACGUUGAUGAGAUCAAUGGUUGUGACAUUGGAGUUAGAGCUUUGGCUUCUCAUCCUAUAAAGGCUAGUAAGAAAGGACUUGGUGAACAAAGAGUCCCUCUCAACAUAGCUGGCACUCGGAUCUGCGAUGGUGAAUGGCUUUACGCAGAUACUGAUGGUAUCCUUGUUUCUCAGAUCGAAUUAUCGGUUUAGAAACACAAAUAAAUGGAUGAGCUUGUCUUCUUCUUCUUUAAUGAUCAAAGUAAAAAGGUUAAUGUCUUUGAAGGAUGCGUUUUGAGUUUGUGGCGUGAAUAAAGUAAAUGUUUGUUCGUUAUUUGUAUCAUCUUCGUCUCAUGGCGUGUAACGUUUAUGAAAUAAAAUGGUUCGUUAUAGUACAUGUAUGUGUUAGGUCCGGACACAUUUAUCAGAAACCAUGACUGGUUUAUUUCCUAAACUCCAUUUGUAGACACUUUUCACCGUUGAAUAAUAUAAAAAGUGUUAUGCUGUAGUGGUAGUCUAUCGGU